CUAAAAAGGAGAGGGGGGGGGGGGAGGAGGGAUGCCAGUGCCACCAUUCCAAUUCCUUCACCCAAAAACCAGAAAGGGAAAACCAAAAGGGGGGGGACCCGAUGAGGCGUUUCUCUAUCCUUGCUCCGAAAUUCACGCUUCUCUAAGAGUGGGGAGAGGUCCGAAGAGGAAGGAUAUCCGCGUUGCCGUGGGUGGUCGCUGAUCUGGUGGACGGGGAACCGGCGGAUAUAUUGGACCGGCGAAAAAGGAGGAGAGGAAAAGGAAAAGAGGCUCUCGAAUCGGAUCAUUGCCGACGCGGAGAGGGUUAUUGACGGAAAACACAGGUUUUCCGGUCGCGGGAGAAGGUUUUCGGAAGGUCGCAGUUCGAAUCCGUGGAGAAUCCGGCAACCGGAGCGCCAAAAAGAGAGCGAGCUUGUCGUUUUUCUCUCGAUCAAGAGAAGGUUUUUGUAAGUGCUGAGGAAGACGGAAUUUAUGCGAGUUUGGAGGAUUUCACGAAAGGACGAACCACAAAGAGGGAGAGAGAGAGAGAGAGGUGGACAAUCAGGAGAACGUUGACAGAGAACUUUAGGUCUAGAUUCGUGAACAGAGCGAUCGUCUUACAUGUUCCUUUCGUUAAUUUUUAGGCAGGAAUAGAGAAGCGAGUCCGAAGGAGAUCCUUACAUCUCGAACCAAUUGGGAAGGACGAUCCGAUGAGCAAAUCCAAGUGAAUUAUGCGGAAGGAGGCAUAAGCUUAGAAGGAUCGAAGAUCCGUCGGUGGAAAGUUGCCGGAAACAGCACAAGGCCGGUAAAACUUGCGGAGGAGGAGCCCGAUCGAAGGGAUUCAGGCGACACGAAAUCGUUAAUCCUAUAUAUCCACCUGGUGGUCUACGAAGAGAAAGAGGCGGUUGAAAUAGAAAUCAAUGAGCGGGAAGGAGACAGUGGAGCUGGAUGACGAGCAGUUGGCGGAGCUCCGGGAGAUAUUCCGGUCGUUUGACCGGAACAACGACGGUAGCCUGACGCAGCUCGAGCUCGGCUCGCUGUUGCGGUCCCUCGGGCUGAAGCCAAGCGCGGAGCAACUCGACGCUCUCAUUCAGAAGGCGGAUACUAACAGCAACGGCCUAGUCGAGUUCUCGGAAUUCGUCGCCCUCGUCGCCCCUGAGCUCCUCCCCGCUAAAUCCCCCUAUACCGACGAACAGCUCCGCUCCCUCUUCCGACUCUUCGACCGCGAUGGCAACGGCUUCAUCACCGCGGCGGAGCUCGCGCAUUCGAUGGCUCGUCUCGGCCAUGCGCUCACCGUGGAGGAACUCACUGGCAUGAUCAAAGAGGCCGACACCGACGGUGAUGGUCGUAUCAGCUUUCCGGAGUUUGCUAGAGCCAUCACAUCCGCGGCGUUUGACAACUCCUGGUCAUGACUUUUUCCUCCGCCAGUACUCAACCAUCUCAUUUUCCCUGAUACCCAGGAGAAGAAGACCACCAGGUUGGUUUUCCUUAGUAGUAGUCUGCUUUUGUUUUUCCCAUUUUUCUCUUUUUCUUUCGUCUCUUGUUCUAGAACACUGUAACUUCUGGUGUUGUUGGUAAAAUAGUUGUAUAGAAUUUAGAAAGUACAUUUUUUCGGUUUA